GUAACCUAAUUGACCCUUCUGCGAUUAUUACUGAUUUAAACACAACUUCGUCGUCCACUAGUUUAAUUUUGAGAGACAAUUUGAUUGAAGUCUUACCUAAUUUAACAAGUUUUCGUAUCGCUUUAUUGGAUAUCAGUAAUAAUAGUAUAAAGACAUUGGAUGCCAAUCUUUUACCUAGAAGUUUAAAAGUUGUGUUUGCCGAUAAUAACAAACUAACAACCCUAAACGGUAACGCAUUGACAUUAUUGCAAAGUCUAGACGUCAUAAUGUUAUCAGGAAACCCGUGGCCAUGUGAAUGCGAUUUGUUAAACACCUUACAAAAAUAUAAAUCAAAGAUCGGAGAUAUGAAGAAAAUCACUUGCACGUCUUCCUCGGUUCCGGUUAUCAACAUGGAUGAAUACGAACUUUGUAAAAAAUGGAAAAUUGAUUAUUUUUACUCCUUUGUCGCCUUGAGUUUCGUUUCAUUCGUUUGCCUGCUGUCCGUUUAUUUUAACUUGCACAGGACUGUUUGGUUGUACAUACGCAACAUCCAAUGCRAUUCUUGCGAUCUGAUGACCAUCAUGCAUCACGUCAACAAUGACAGCAAAGAUUCCGAGGAAACUUUCAUGCAACGUAUUCAAUAUGAAGAACUCGUGUUGGCCACUGACAACUGGAACCAGAACCGCGUGCUUGGCGAGGGUGGCUUCGGGGUGGUGUACAAAGGCAAUUGGAGGCACACGGACGUAGCGAUCAAAAGACUGAAAGGCGAGGGAGUAGCUGAAAAAGUAGUAAACAUGCACACUUUGGGUGACAGGCUUUUGCAGAAUCCGUCGAAAGAAAUUAUGUAUCUGAACGCAGUUAAACACGAUAACGUAUUGUCCAUGUACGGGUUUUGCUUCCAUUUGACUGGAUCUUGUUUGAUAUAUCAAUUUAUGGCAAACGGGUCGCUCGAAGAUCGAUUACAAUGCAAGGAAAAUUCUCAUGCUGCAGACUAUAUAAGUAUUAAGAUUUAA